AUGCCGACCUCUCCGUCUCACACCGGUGAUGUUAGUGCGGGAAUCACCGAAAAUGCUGAAGGGCUGGCAAUUAUUAAGGAGGAACAAACUUCACCGCCUGUUUCUAUGAAGUUUAUUGCAAGCAAACCAAAGAUUGGUGCUCCUUCUCAAGAGAGACUUUGUAAAUGUGCAUCGCGUAAGACAAAGUGUGCUUCUCCGCAAACUGAUGAAACUGCCAAUGUGGAAACUUUGGUGAAAGAAAAAGAAAAUUCACUCCGAACCGAAUAUGACAAACUUUUAGAAAAAAAAAUUACUUUGGCAAGAGAAAGAUUUAAUUUUAUACUACAGAGCGAACAAGUGCGAGCAUGUUAUAUGCUAAGGGAAGCACACCGGGAGAGACAGGAAAAAAUAAAAGCAUUAGAAAGUCAAUUAGAAUGCAAAAACUUAGCAGCUUUGAUGUUUGUUAUGUGUACGGAAAGAACAAGAAGUAAAUUAGAAAAAUUAAGACUCAUUGAAGAAUACACUACGUAUAUCAAUAGGCUCCAAGAUUUAUUAACAGAAGGACAGGGCCUGAUACUUAACCUAUCUAGAGGUUACAAAACAGCGGCUAGGGUAGAUUAUGAAUGGAGAGAGAAAAUGAAAAAGGUUGUCGGACAGUUCAUGAAGUUUAUCUACCAUUUCACGGGUGGUCCUGAAGAGACCAAUCAAUACUUCAUAGACCUACCAAAGCUGUUGAAGACCGAAGCUCCAAUAGUCGAUGACCCCAAUGAGGAUCCUUGCGACUCUGAGGAGUUGGAGGAGGAAGAAGAAUCUGUUCCGGAAAAUGAGGACGCAAAACCUUGGUGGAACUCGCUCGAAGACGAUUGUAGACCUUUCGUAAUGUUCGGAGAUAUGGCUGAUUUCAAGCCUCCGGAAAGGCGAAAAGUACUAAAUACUGUAAAAGCCAUCAAAGCUGCGAAGAGUGCUCCUCCGAUUUGGAAAAAAUAUGUGUUCAACGAAAUGAUGCUAAAGAGGUCCUGCGAAAAUGUCGAUGAUAUAAAAGACAUGUAUCCAAACCUCAAGCGGUUGUCUAUGGUUUCACAGCACACACAAGAUUCGAAUAUCGACAAGAAUGCAGGAAUUUCUAAAAUAUCUGUGGCGAGUCGGCGACAAACUACAGCCAGCUUAGAAUGCAGAGGAACUAAUCAUGCUAACGGUAAUGACAUGGGAUCUUUACUGAAAAUUAUUACUUCAGCAAGUAUGCGACCCAAGAAAACAACUGAUAAGUCAGCAUUACUUGGCGCCAGAGACUCCAUGGAAAUCCAAUCUUCAACAAAACUGAAGCAUUUGAACAACAAAUCUGAAAUAAAAGGGCAACCUCAAACUAACGUCAAACUUGAGAUUGGAAAGAAAUGCUCAAUUGGUGAUUUAGAAGAAUUACAUCAAUUAGAAGAGACUUCAAGCGAGCUUAUACCUGCGGAGGGGCAGGAUAAAAAAGAAACAGAAUCUGUUCAAAGUCUGGAACGAUCGUUACCACCAGGGCUUGGGAGCGUUCAUCACGAUAGCCUAGAAGUCAUACCGAGUCACAAACCGGACGAUAAGUUUAAGGACCACACCAUUAACUACGAACGGUAUUGUCCCGUGGAGAGGUGUAAACUGAUGCAAGUGGAUUCCUUCACUAGGAGUCUACCUCCAUAUAUGAAGGCCAGUCCAUACAUUCAGUUCCAGCAGUUGUAUGAAGAUUACGAGACUUGCUCACCAGAGCAACUGGAAAUACUGAAAGAACGCUUGGCUGCCAAAAAUGCUGAGAACGUCGAUGAGGAAGAGUCGGAAUCCUCUGUUAAAGAGUGGGAGGAAGGAGGCGUUGGCACGCAGACCUCACUGGAAUCAAUGCUGCCCCCGUGCACAUGCACCGAGGGUAAUCCCAGUCCUGUGGAUAGUAAAUUUGUUUUCGAUGUACGUGACUUGAUACCGGUGAAGCAAGUGAUAGAUUUUGUCAGGAAGGAAUGCCUGUUUGACGACACCAUAGACUUUGAUAGAUUCAAAGUUGUUGGAGAACACAGCGAUCAUUCUAUACUGAGGGAAUCAAAACCAGUAAUCGACUCCAACAGAGCCAGGGUACAGUCGCUCACCAGGAUUCUCCGACAACAUCCCAGCCUGUUAGACAUAUUUCAAGCCAACACACGCUGCUAG